AUGGGAACAGAGGAAGCCUGGGUAACCAGCCAGCCGCGCUGUCAUGGCAACCGGCGCUAUUCUCGUCAGGGAACUCAGGGGGCGGAGCUUGUUUUGCUGUGUGGAGUGAGUGACAGUUGUUUCCGGAACCUCGCUGAAGAUCGCAGUGGAAUCAACCUCAAGGAUCUCGUGCACGACCCCUCACUGUUGGGGGGAACCAUCUCGGCGUAUAAGAUCGUCCCGGACGAGCUGGAUGAGAUUAAGGAGACGCUGGUUGACUGGUGUGAUGAGAAGGAGUUAAACCUCAUCCUGACGACCGGGGGCACCGGCUUCGCUCCACGAGACGUCACUCCAGAGGCUACUAAGGAUGUUAUCGAGCGUGAGGCUCCUGGCAUGUCUCUGGCCAUGCUCAUGGGCUCCCUCAACGUCACUCCACUGGGCAUGCUGUCAAGACCAGUGUGCGGUAUUCGGGGGAAAACACUCAUCAUCAACUUACCAGGGAGCAAGAAGGGCUCGCAGGAGUGCUUCCACUUCAUCCUGCCCGCUCUGCCGCACGCCAUCGACCUGCUUCGUGACGCGGUGGUGCGGGUGAAGGAGGUGCCUAACGAGCUGGAGGACCUCCCCUCGCCCCCGCCGCCCCUCUCACCGCCUCCCGCCGGCUCCCCCUGCAGGCAGACGGAGGACAAGGGCGUGCAGUGCGAAGACGACGACGAGGAGAAGAAGGACAGCGGCGUGGCCUCCACCGAGGACAGUAGCUCCUCCCACAUCACCGCAGCCUCCAUCGCCGCCAAGAUUCCGGACUCCAUCAUCUCUCGAGGCGUGCAGGUGUUGCCAAGGGAUACCGCCUCGCUAAGCACCACCCCCUCGGAAUCUCCGCGCGCGCAGGCCACCCAAUCACGACUCUCCACCGCCUCCUGCCCCACCCCUAAGGCGCGGCUCCCCUCCUGUUCCUCCACUUUAAGCAUUGCUGAGGCCUCACGCCGAGAGUUCAGGGCUCAUCUGGACGAGGUCAUCACACUCAAGUCCAGGUACUCUACCCUGGACCAGCUCCAGUGUAGGUUGGAGGGGCUUAAAGAUGAUCGCCAUAGGAGCCAUAGGACCUUCAGCUCUCGAGUCCAGUCUCGGUGCAGCAGUAAAGAGAAUAUCCUCAGAGCAAGCCACAGUGCGGUGGACAUCACCAAAGUGGCGCGUCGUCACCGCAUGUCUCCGUUCCCGCUGACCUCCAUGGACAAGGCCUUCAUUACCGUGCUGGAGAUGACGCCAGUACUGGGCACCGAGAUUAUCAACUACAGAGAUGGUCUGGGUCGCGUGCUGGCCCAGGACGUGUAUGCCAAAGACAACCUGCCGCCGUUUCCUGCCUCAGUCAAGGACGGAUACGCUGUGAGAGCUGCUGAUGGUCCUGGAGAUCGCUUCAUUAUUGGAGAGUCACAGGCUGGAGAGCAGCCGACCCACACGGUGAUGCCGGGCCAGGCGAUGCGCGUGACGACGGGCGCUCCGAUCCCGUGCGGCGCCGACGCCGUGGUGCAGGUGGAGGACACCGAGCUGCUGCGCGAGUCCGAGGACGGCACAGAGGAGCUGGAGGUUCGUAUCUUGGUGCAGGCACGCCCGGGCCAGGACAUCAGGCCUAUAGGUCACGACAUUAAGCGAGGCGAGUGCGUGCUCGCCAAGGGAACCCACAUGGGCCCGUCGGAGAUCGGGCUGCUGGCCACCGUGGGCGUCACGGAGGUGGAGGUGCACAAGUUCCCCGUGGUGGCCGUCAUGUCCACAGGAAACGAGCUGCUGAAUCCUGAGGAUGAUCUCCAUCCUGGUAAAAUCCGCGACAGCAACCGAUCAACUCUCUUGGCAACCAUCCAGGAGCACGGAUACCCCACCAUCAACCUGGGCAUCGUAGGAGACAAUCCUGACGACCUUCUGAACGCUCUGACCGAGGGCAUCAGCCGUGCUGACGUCAUCAUCACCUCAGGAGGCGUGUCCAUGGGGGAGAAGGACUACCUGAAGCAGGUGCUGGACAUCGACCUGCACGCCCAGAUCCACUUUGGAAGAGUCUUCAUGAAGCCAGGGCUGCCCACUACGUUUGCUACGUUGGACAUGGAUGGUGCUCGCAAACUCAUCUUUGCUUUGCCAGGUAACCCAGUCUCCGCAGUGGUGACCUGCAACCUGUUUGUGAUCCCCGCCCUGAGGAAGAUGCAGGGCAUCCUCGACCCCCGACCCACCAUCAUCAAAGCACGGCUGUCGUGCGACGUGAAGCUUGACCCUCGACCUGAGUACCAUCGCUGCAUUCUCACAUGGCAUCAUCAGGAGCCGUUGCCAUGGGCACAGAGCACAGGUAACCAGGUUAGCUGCAGGCUAAUGUCCAUGCGGACGGCCAACGGGCUGCUGAUGCUGCCUCCAAAGACAGAGCAAUACGUGGAGCUGCACAAGGGGGAGGUGGUGGACGUCAUGGUCAUCGGGCGGCUAUGAUGUCAUCAAAGGGGGACACGCUGUUGUCACGCGGCCCAGUGGCGGCCCAGAG